AUGAAGGCCGUCGCAGUCAUUCUGUCUUUCUGCUUUGCGCAGUCCGUCUUCGCUCAGAGCGCCACCAUUGCCCCGAGCCCGACCGAGUCUUACGGAUGUGAGCCUCACGGCGAUCACUGGCACUGCGCCGGUGCUAAGACCGCCACUGCGGCUGCCACUCCUCCUCCCGCCGCCCAGACCACCGCGGCGGCCACAACCUCUGCUGGCCACGACGACCACGACGACCAUGAUCAUGAUCACAGUGAUGCUGCUGGCUCUGGGUCGCUUGGUCCCAGUCCGACUGCCUCCGUCGGCUGCGAGCCCCACGGUGACCACUGGCACUGCAAGGGCCCUGCUACAGGCGCCGUCUCCGCUGUUUCUUCUUCCGGCUUCGUCUCCAGCUCCAAGACUCUGGCUCCCAGCCCGACUGCUUCUGUUGGCUGCGAGCCGCACGGCGACCACUGGCACUGCAAAGGCCCGGCCACCGCUGCCUCCAACUCGAACUCCACCGCAGCUACUCGCACUGGAGCCUCCACCUCCGCCUCCGCCACUGCCACUGCUGGUGCUUACGCCAACGCUGUCAACGGCCUUGCUGCUGUUGGCGUUAUGCUGGCUGCGGGUGCUUUCGCCCUCUAA